UGCGCCCAGAUGGCAGCACAGAACAGCGUGAAGUAUCGCAGGAUAGUGCUUUGCUUCUUGCAUUUUCAGAUAUGAUGUUGCAGCAGUUCUUGUUUUGACAAGAAAGAUGGUACGCGUUGGUGUUACAUGAACAUAUAAUGCCGCCCAAGUUUAAGAAAACUGUGCCUCAAGAAGAUUUAGUGGCCGCCAAAGAUGAGGAAAGAGCUUCACUGUUGGAACAACAAAGUGGAAGUGAGGAAGAUGAAGGUUUCUUUCUUAAUUCUCCAUCAACAAAACGUGAAAAGAAAACCUUAGAAAACGAACGUAUUAAGCAAGUGCAUGGUCAGAUCACCGAAGUAAUUGAAACAUUAAGAGAUAAUGUGAAAAUCCUAGACAGAGGCAAACGACUUGAAGAACUACAGGACACAUCAGAGAGAUUGACAGCUGCGAGUAUAGAUUUCAGGGAAGCUUCUAACCGAAUGAAAAGACGUGCCUGGGCUCAGCAGAUGAGAACGCGAGCCUUAUUAAUUGCAGUUUGCAUCAUACUAUUGGUGGGUUUGAUAGUUCCAGUCAUCGUUCAUUAUUCCCGAGCCUGAAGACAUCCCUGUGUUCGAAUAUUUGAAGAUAAUGUCUUUGAACUUAAAUAGGAUGUGAGUGUCCUGAAGUGUUCUGCAUUUUGAAUAGUUGGAGUGUAGUUUUAACCAUUCCAGUGUAUAUUACAGCUUAACUUAUUGGAACUUACAUGUUUUCAGUUACCUCUGUUUAACUGUGUUUAUUGGGUCAUUGGCACAGUCACAUUAUGUCAUACUUAAUCAUUAAUCCUGCUAGUGCUUACUCAAUAAAUUGAAUUGCUUAUGUAUGAUUUAAUUAUCGUGCCAAAUAAUCCAGGCUGUGCACAUUAUGGCACAGUAAGGUCAUACAGUACAGUACAGUGAGUUGUCAAACCAAGCUUCAGGUUGGAAACAUUGAAUAAAUCAUGUAAGCUAGUCACAAAAAAAUUUUCAGUUAUGUGACAGAAGUCUGUCAUUCCAUCAACAUACAUGUGCAUAUAGCUAUUCAUAAAUAAAUUAAUAUGUGCACAAUUCAGAA